AUGGAAGAUGGAGACGAAAACUUGCAUCGUUUGGCGGGCACAUCAGGAGACGCUCCAGGCGGGUUAAUUAUCAAAAAGAAAGAUAAACCGCAAGAGUUUCAGUUCGCAAAACCUUCUCUAUUGGGUUUAGAUAAAUUAGCAGCGGCGAAGAGGAAACAGAACAGAUUGAUUUCGUUUCAGAACGAAGAAAACGAGGAUGAUGAAUCAGGAGAUAGCCGUGACGCUGCCAGUGUUAAGCAACGCAAAUACAGAAAGCAUAACGAGGAGACACCGACAUAUACGGGCGGUCUAUCUGAGCAAGCACGAGAACGGAUGCUAGAGCGACUACAGAAGAAAGAAAAGGAAACAAAAGAAAAAGGUGUUCACUAUUCAACGAAAGAAGAAAAGAAAUCCAGAUCAAAGGAGGAUGAUGAUGAUCGUUCCUAUCAUAACCGUUAUGAUAAGCAUGACCGAGAUAGAAGAAAAUAUGAUGACUACAAGAGGGAUAGAGACAGAUAUAAGGAAAGAGGGAGAGACUCUGAUAGAAGAGAAAGGGACAGAGAUAGAAGAGACUCGGAAAGGGAUAGUUCAAGGAGGAGUUAUUAUGAACCAAGGUUCAAAGAUGAACCUAGAACUCCGAGCAUCAAAGCGCUCAAACCCACUGACAAAACCGCGUGGGAUGAUGAUGACGAUGAGACAAAGGGCCCGCUGCGAAAAUCUAGUUGGGACUUCCCCACCCCGCUACCAAAAGACUUCAGUGGUGGUGAGCGUUCUCAACGCACUGAAAGGGGACGGCCUCUUAGGGACAGUAAAGGGAGGCCAUACGAUUUCACACCAAGAGCAACACCCCAUAAAUGGGUGUCUUCUCGGCGCGGAAUAGACAUAGAUGAUCCAGACUGGGAGGAGGCAGAGAAGAAGCUGGAUCGCGCUUGGUACAAUAUGGGCGAAGGCGAGAGCGAGGAGGCGGACCCGUUCGCCGGCACCAGCGCGGAGUACGUGGCGCGCAAGGAGGAGCAGCUCGAGCGGCGCCGCAGCCGCAAGGUGUCCGCGCAGCGGCAGCAGAUCGACCGCGACAACGACCUCUGGGAGCGCAACCGCAUGCUCACCAGCGGCGUCGUGCACGCGGUCAACCUCAGCGGCGACAUGGACGAGGAGAGCGUAGACCGCGUGCACCUCCUGGUCCACAACAUCGUGCCGCCGUUUCUGGACGGCAGGAUCGUGUUCACGAAGCAGCCGGAGCCCGUAAUACCGGUAAAGGACCCCACCUCCGACAUGGCGAUAAACGCGCGCAAGGGCUCCGCCCUGGUCAAGGCGUUCAGGGAGCAGAAGGAGAGGAAGAAGGCGCAGAAGAAGCACUGGAAGCUGGAGGGCACCAAGAUCGGCAACAUAAUGGGCAUACAGAAGGAGAAAGAGGAGAUAGAAGACGGGCCCACUAGGCAGGCGUACAAAUACGCGGAGCACCUGGAACAAGAGGGCCCUGAGCCCGAGUCGAAGUCUGACUUCGUGAAGAAGAAGUCGAUCGGCGAGCAGCGCCGCUACCUGCCCGUGUUCGCCGUGCGCGAGCAGCUGAUGCAGGUCAUCAGAGAGAACAACGUCAUCAUCAUCGUGGGCGAGACCGGCAGCGGCAAGACGACGCAGCUGACGCAGUACCUGCACGAGGAGGGCUUCAGCCGGCUGGGCACCAUCGGCUGCACGCAGCCGCGCCGCGUCGCCGCCAUGUCCGUCGCCAAACGCGUCUGCGACGAGAUGGGCUGCAAGCUGGGCGAGGAGGUGGGGUACGCGAUCCGCUUCGAGGACUGUACCUCGCCCCGCACCGUGAUCAAGUACAUGACGGACGGCAUCCUCCUCCGCGAGGGUCUUCGCGAGCCCGACCUGGACAACUACUGCGCGGUGAUCAUGGACGAGGCGCACGAGCGCUCGCUCUCCACGGACAUGCUGUUCGGUCUGCUCAGGGAGGUGAGUGAGUCUUCCAGGCGCCGAGGUGUCAGCGCCGGUGCCGCAGUCCGAGGA